AUUCCUGUCUCACAAAGGUCUAAACCAGUUUGCUGAGGCUAUGGGAAGCUUUACUUGCUUGAGAAAAUAAUGCUCUGAGGGAAGAAAGAGUGGGGAGCUAAGAGUAAAACUACUGCUGAUUGAGCCAAUGGGACCUAAAGAGGAACUACAUCCUCUUAAUCUUUGUGGUAUUCUUCCUCCUUGGCUACCUUCUACUCAGCAGCUUCCUGUUUAAGAGCUCUCAACUCCCUUUUACCGGACUUCACACUCCUCUCUGUUCAAAUCACUGUAAUUGCCCAAGGAGCUAUGGAAAAUGGAGGUUUGUACAAAGAAGCAAGGAACCUUACAUAGCCCCUUUGAGAGUCAGAGGACAGAUAAGGGGAUCAUUUAGUGAAAGAAAAAGCUCUAGUGUCAGAUUUGGAAGGCCUUGAACUUCAGUCCUAGCUUUCACAAUUUCAAGUCCUAUGACUUUAGGCUAUUUGGAAUCUGUUUCAGUUUCCUUAUUUGUGAAACUGGAAUAAAAAUAUGUGGGUCUAGGUUAAGAAAUUCUUUAAAUCUUAACACAUUAUAGAUAGGAUUAGAUGGUAAUGACAAUUCUUUGUUGAAUUCCUCUAAUACCUUAAGGGGGUCUUAAAGAUGCUCAGUGAUGCUCCACAUCUGGCAGGUUCUAUCAUGUUAGGAAAGCCAGAAAAAGCUGGCUUGUAUAUUUGCUGUCCAAGGCUAGUCUCAUUAAAUUGAGAGACAGCAGGCCAGCAACUGAAGAAAGUUUUUCCACAGCAACUAAUCUGGAAGAUCUACUAGAGUUUGAAGAGGGUCCAGUUUGUGUUGGUGGAAAUGAUCUCUGGACAUAUAUAUUUUAAAUAUCACAACGGAAAGCUCCGAAGUUGAAGUUUAGCGUACUGGGAUUUCAAAUUUUGAUUGUUAUUAAAUGUGCGAUUUUUGAGGAAGUUAACUUUCUUUGUCUUGAUCGUAAGAGGCUGCCCUAAAUGGGGCUUCCCAAUUCUAAAUCCUCUGAGCUCUUAACUACUGAGUUCGGAAACCAGAAAAUUGUAUGCUAAUCCUGAAUCUGACACGUGGACUAUGUGGCCAUGGACAAAUUAGAGUUUCCUCUUUAGCAAAAUGGAUAUAUAACGGCAGGUGCAAUACCUUUCUGCCGUAGCAGAUGUUUUCUAAGUAACAUUCUUUGUGAGGAAGGAGGUUUUGAAAGGAAAUGUGUAAUUAUCAUUAAACAUCACAAGUUUCCACAGCUACAAAAGGUGGAUGCAGGAGCUCAAGAGGGCGGGAGCACUAAAAGAGGCGGGGCCAAACUGAGGAAGGCCGAACCAUCUCUGCUGAAAGGAUCCCGCCUAAGUCUAUGAGAGAAGGUGGAGAUGCUGAGAGGGGCGGGACGGAGCGGGACACGCUGAGGUAGGGAGGGGACCUGUUCGCCUGCGCAGAGGGGGCCUGGAGGAUCUGGGCUCCGAUUCUCGAAGCCCGGCAGCGUAGAGGAGAUUGCUUUGGCUCGGCAUGAGCGGGUGCGCGGAGGCUGCCGCGGUGGCUGCGACCUUGCCCGGAACAGGGGUCAGAAACCCGGAGGCACCCGGCGUGCGGCCGCCGAUGGUGCCCCGUCAAGCAUCUUUCUUCCCACCGCCAGUGCCCAACCCAUUUGUGCAAGAUACACGGAUUAGCGCCAGCAGCCGAUUCCUGAUUCUCCUUUUGGGAAGUAUUUUGCUUCCAAUCCGUGCCAUAUGCGUUGCAUUAAUAUUGAUAAUGGCUUGGCCAUUUGCUGCAGUUGCUACAGUAGGCUUACCAGAAAAAUUGACACAUCCAGUCAUAGGUUGGAGGAGGACACUAACUCACCCAGCUCUGAAGUUUCUAGGCCGUGCUAUGUUCUUUUCAAUGGGAUUUAUGGUUAGAGUGAAAGGAAAAAUAGCAAGCCCUAUCGAAGCACCAAUUUUUAUUGUAGCUCCUCACUCUACCUUCUUUGAUGGAAUUGCUUGUGUUGUUGCUGGGUUACCUUCUAUUGUGUCAAGAACUGAGAAUGCAUAUGUCCCACUGAUUGGCAGAGUUUUACGAGCUAUUCAGCCAGUACUAGUAUCCCGAGUAGACCCUGAUUCUCGAAAGACCACAAUAAAUGAAAUAAGAAAGAGAGCCACUUCAAGAGGUGAAUGGCCACAGUUAUUAGUUUUCCCAGAAGGCACCUGCACUAAUCGUACCUGUUUGAUCACUUUUAAGCCAGGAGCCUUCAUUCCAGGAGUUCCAGUGCAGCCAAUACUGCUGAGAUAUCCAAAUAAGUUGGAUACUGUGACCUGGACAUGGCAGGGUUAUACAUUCAUUCAACUUUGCAUGCUUACUUUCAGCCAGCUCUUCACAAAGGUAGAAGUUGAGUUUAUGCCUGUUCAUGUUCCCAAUGAUGAAGAAAAAAGCGAUCCUGUUCUUUUUGCCACUCAUGUCCGGAACAUUAUGGCAAAUGCUUUAGGAGUACCUGUUACUGACCAUACUUAUGAAGAUUGCAGAUUGAUGAUUUCAGCUGGACAACUUACAUUACCUAUGGAAGCUGGUUUGGUGGAAUUUACUAAAAUUAGUCAGAAAUUGAAAUUAGAUUGGGAAAGUAUUCGUAAACAUUUGGAUGAAUAUGCUGCUAUUGCAACUGCCUCAAAAGGAGGAAGAAUUGGAAUUGAUGAAUUUGCAGCGUAUUUAAAAUUGCCCGUUUCCGACGUACUGAGACAGCUUUUUGCACUCUUUGACAGGAAUCAUGAUGGCAGUAUAGACUUCAGGGAAUAUGUGAUUGGUCUGGCUGUCCUGUGUAAUCCUGCCAAUACAGAAGAACUCAUCCAGGUGGCAUUUAAGCUAUUUGAUGUUGAUGAGGAUGGCUAUAUAACAGAGGAAGAAUUUGCUACCAUUUUGCAGGCAUCUCUUGGAGUACCUGACCUUAAUGUUUCUGGCCUCUUCCGAGAAAUAGCCAAAGGGGAUUCAACACAUGUUUCCUAUGUGGAAUUUAGGAGUUUUGCCCUGAAACAUCCAGAAUAUGCCAAGAUUUUUACCACAUACCUAGACCUCCAGACAUGCCAUGUAUUUUCAUUGCCCAAAGAAGUUGAAAUGGCUCCAUCCAUUGGUCAUAACAAAGUCUGUCCAGAACCUGUUGAAGAUGGAACCUCAGACAAAAAAGAUGACUGAACCAAAAAUGAACAUCAAUAGUUUUUAUUUUAUGCUGUAAAGGAAUUUAUUAAUGGUAAUUAAAAUGUAUCUGCCAAAUUAUAGAUACAUUUAGUAUUGAAAAAUUUUUGCUUUUCUAAACUUGUUUUAAUGGCUCUCAUAAAAAAGUUAUCUAAACAUCUAGAUUAUCUAUCUCUCAUUUUAGUAUGAUGUGUUUUAUAUCACUCAAUAAUAUAAUUGGUUUAUUGGGGAUAAAAUACCAGGUUUUUAUAGAUUUUAUUUUUCAAGUCAAGAUGACUUUGCCAAAUAAAUAUAGUGGUCUGGGCCUUUUUGAGUGAUAAACUGAAAAUUUCUAUAUUAUGUGUGUUUUUCUGUAAAUCCCGAAAGUAAAAAAGGAAAAUAUUCUAUGUUCCUGAAAUAUUUUUUCUGUUGAAAAAUACUCCUCCAAAACAUAGGGUUAGUGUAAAAUGUGAUACAGGAUUCUGAAACUAUUUCUGGUAACCAAUUGUUUUGUUAAAUUUUUCAUAUAUUUUUCCAGGAAUAAAAAUAAUUCUUGGUUUAUAAGGUAUAUAGUUGGAAUAGAUAAUUCCACUUAUUGGGUAAGAUAUUUUAAGAAACUCAUAUUCUAUUUGGUGUGUGUCUAACUUAUAGGUCUUCAUAAUUAUCUGUUAAAAAUCAAUAUUCCUAUGUAAAUUUACAGUAUGUUGAUAAUACAGUGAUUUCUGGCUAAUGACUGAGUAUGAAUGACUUACUAAGGUAAUAAUAAUUGCUUAAUGAAAAAAUUAAUUGUGUUAGAGUUGAAUUUUAUUCAACAGAAUGUGUUAUUUACCCCACAGCUAAGUGAUAUUUUUACUCUGUAUGUUUAUAUAUGUAUAUUAACAGUCUUUUAGAAAUGUCUUAAUUUAAUGUUAAAUAAAAUUACCAAUAUUCUAUUUUAUAAUGGGAAAACAAGUUGAAAUUUGUCAGAAAUAUCAAAUUGAAAAAUAUACAAUUCUUCAAAGUAUAAUAGAAAUCUAGUGAAAUCUAGUAAAAGCCUGUCCAUAUUAAGAUAGCAGUUUAGAGUAGUUAGUAAUUUCAUUUUGCCUCAUCAUGUACACUGUUUAAAUUUUUGAUAUUUCAAAUUUUUUUUCUUUUUCCUCUAUGUCAUUUGAAACAAAGAACAAAGGAAUAGAUAAAAUACAGAAACAGGUUGCUUCUGGCUUUUUACUAAAUAUCUGAAAUGAAUUACACAGUCUGUCUGGUUUUUCAUUGUCUUUUUACAGCAAAGUCUCCCUUUAAUGAAAAUAGAAAUAUUCAAAGUAGAUGUCGGGAUUUAUUUUUAGCAAGUAAUCAUGAUUUUAAACGAAUUGUACAUACUGAUCAAUAAAUGUCCUCAUUUCCCAGAUAAUUAAAUGUGUAUUUGGAUAAUUGAAUAUCUACUCUCAUUCUUAAGAAUAUACAAUUGUUUGAUUUUUAUCCCUCAAAGCUAUUUAGAAAUUAAGCAAUAAGUAAGCUGAAGUAAUUGUUUGAAUAAUUAGAAUAGCACAUCAUUGUUAUAUAGUAUCUGCCACAAGUACAUGAAAAAUACCUGGUACUCAGAUUCAGUAAUUGUUGGUUAUCACAGAAAAGCUAGAUAUUAGUCUUAUCAAUCAUGAAAGGCCAAAGAUCCCUAAUAAAUAACAUUGCAAAUUAAAGACUUUGUAUGGGACUAAUGCAAUUGAUUAUUUUAUUUUCCUGUUUUAAGGUAAUAUUUAUACUAUUUAAUAGUAGUAAAACUUUGCGUAAUUUUCCAAUGUUUCCUAUUUUAUUAUGUUACUAAAUAAACAAGUGUACUGCAUAAUA